AUGCAGGAAGCGCCAGCUGCGCUGCCCACAGAGCCUGGCCCCAGCCCCGUACCCGCCUUCCUCGGCAAGCUAUGGGCGCUGGUGGGCGACCCCGGCACGGACCACCUGAUCCGCUGGAGCCCGAGUGGGACCAGCUUUCUCGUAAGCGAUCAGAGCCGCUUCGCCAAGGAAGUGCUGCCCCAGUAUUUCAAGCACAGCAACAUGGCGAGCUUUGUACGCCAACUCAACAUGUAUGGUUUUCGGAAAGUAGUGAGCAUUGAGCAGGGUGGCCUGCUCAGGCCAGAGCGUGACCACGUCGAGUUCCAGCAUCCAAGCUUUGUGCGUGGCCGCGAGCAGCUACUGGAGCGAGUGCGCCGCAAGGUGCCAGCGCUGCGUGGCGAUGAUGGUCGCUGGCGUUCUGAAGACUUGGGUCGACUGCUGGGAGAAGUGCAGACUUUGCGGGGAGUGCAAGAGAGCACCGAGGCGAGACUGCGGGAGCUCAGACAGCAGAACGAGAUUUUGUGGCGAGAGGUGGUGGCACUGAGGCAGAGCCACGGGCAGCAGCACCGGGUCAUCGGCAAGCUAAUCCAAUGCCUCUUUGGGCCACUUCAGGCCGGGCCCAGCAACGCAGGAAUAAAGAGGAAGCUGUCCCUGAUGCUGGAUGAGGGGAGCUCCUGCCCAACAUCUACUAAAUUCAAUGCCUGCUCCCUACCUGGUGCCUUCCUGCAGGACCCCUACUUUAUCCAGUCGCCCCUGCCAGAGACUACUUUGGGCCUUAGCCCUCACAGGGCCAGGGGCCCCAUCAUCUCUGACAUCCCAGAAGACUCUCCGUCCCCUGAAGGGCCCAGGCUUUCUCCCUCCAGUGGUGGCAGAAGGGAGAAGGGCCUGGCACUGCUCAAAGAAGAGCCGGCCAGUCCAGGGGGGGAUGGCGAGGCCGGGCUGGCCCUGGCCCCAAACGAGUGUGACUUCUGCGUGACAGCCCCCCCACCGCUGCCUGUGGCUGUAGUGCAAGCCAUCCUGGAAGGGAAAGGGAGCUUCAGCCCCGAGGGGCCCAGGAGUGCCCACCAGCCUGAAUCAAGGGAGCCAAGGGAGGUGCCUGACAGGGGACCUCUGGGCCUGGAGCGAGGGAAUCGGAGCCCAGAGAGUCUGCUGCCUCCAAUGCUAUUCCGGCCUCCUGAAACUGUGGAACCUGCAGCACCCCUUGAUGUGCUGGGCCCCAACCUCCAAGGGCGAGAAUGGACCCUAAUGGACUUGGACAUGGAGCUCUCCCUGAUGCAGCCCUUGGUUCCUGAGAGGGGUGAGACUGGGCUGGCUGUCAAGGAGUUGCAUUCUCCUGGUGCAGGGAAAGACCACACGCUGGGGACCCCCCUCCUGCUGGAUGUCCAGACGGAUUUGGGAGGGGCAGCCCUUGCUGUGCCUGGGGCUUUAGCCAUUUACAACACCUCUGAGAGCCGGGCCCUCUACCUGGACCCAAAUACCAGUCCCUCAUCCCCCUGAGACCUCACAUCUCUGAAAAGGGACCAGCUCGCAGUGGCACACCUUUAGGGUUCCUGGCAUCCCUGGAGGAGUAAGCAACGCCUCCAGUAUUCGGCAGCCUCUCUCCACUACCCCAGCGAGUUCUGCACAUAAACUGCAACUUUUUUCUC